AUGAGCGACAACAAGGCUCCCGUUACCGCCUACCCGUCUACAGAGAUCACACCUCAGAACCAAGAAGGUGGCCCAGGUCUCGACGCGAAGACAGAUCAAAAGGCAGAAUGGUCGCGUCUUGAGUUUUGGGACGAGAACCAGAAGCCGUACCUCAAGGAGUAUGAGGGUCGAGGCUUGAUGCAGGGCAAGGCUGCAUUGAUCACGGGCGGAGACUCAGGUAUUGGUCGAGCUGUAGCCAUUCUAUUCGCGAGAGAAGGCGCCGAUGUUAGUAUUGUGUAUUUGCCCGAGGAAGAGGAGGACGCACAGUAUGUCAAGAAGAAGGUCGAGGAGGCUGGUCGCAAAGCGAACCUCAUGCAACUCAACUUGAGGGAGCGGAAGAACUGCGAGCAGGCUGUUGAGCAACAUAUGAAGGUGUUUGGCAAGCUGAACGUCCUCGUCAACAACGCUGCGAUGCAAGAAGCUUGCACAGACAUAACAGAGAUCGACCUCGACGUAACAGAGAAGACCUUCCAGACAAACGUCGUCUCCAUGUUCGCCAUGUCAAAAUACGCACUCAAGCACAUGAAGCGCGGCGACUGCAUCGUAAACAGCACUUCCGUCGCGGCCUACAUGUCUAAUCCCAUGCUUCUCGACUACGCAUCCACCAAGGGAGCCAUCGCUACUUUCACCCGUGGUCUUGCGCAGCAGCAAGCGCCAAACGGAAUCCGCGUGAACGCUGUUGCGCCGGGUAUCAUCUGGACCCCGUUGCAACCGGCUACUAAAAACAACCCAGCGGAUGCUAUGGAUUCGCUUGGUGUUGGUGCUUGCCCGCUGAACAGGCCGGGCAUGCCGGUUGAGAUGGCUACAUGCUAUGUGCAUCUAGCUUCACCGCUGGGAUCGUACUGCACUGGUGAGGUACUUCACGGAUCUGGUGGUAUUGAGAUGCAGGGUUAA